AUGUUGUACUCUGCAACUUAUGCGUUUGUUCUUUUGUUUCUAAUAAACGGCGUCAAUGUUUCUUUGGCUGCAGAACCAGUAUGUUCAAAAUUUGUUUACGAAGAACAACUUUUGGAAAAAAUGGUUCGAACGGAGUUUAAGGUUGAAACAAUGGAAAGUGAAAUAAAGAAAACCCAGUUUUCUGUCUUGAAUACUUUAAACGAAAUAAAGAAGAAAGAUGCCGACAUCAUCGAUAGAUUUGAUGACUUCAGAAACAAUAUCACGGAAGAAAUGAUUGCAAAUGCUAAGGAUACAGAGAAGAAAGAGGAAUUCUUCAAGAAUUUGUUUGAAGAACUACGAAAGAAUUUAACGAACGACAUGGAGAAUCAAAGGAACGCUCUUACUGAACUCCAAGAUGCAGAGGAGAAAGUACGGUCUUCCGUUGCAUUUUAUGCACACCACGUUACAGAUACAACCCUUGAUGUGGCUGAUGAGAUCAUCGUAUUUGAUAGCACCAUAACAAAUGAGGGGUCUGGAUAUGACGAAUCAACAGGUAUCUUCACAGCACCAGAAGGGGGACUUUACCACUUUAAUAUCAAUGUGUGUACGUAUUACGGAAAAUAUAGUUUCGUUGGCUUGGUGUUGGCAGGUCAAGUUGUUGCAAGAACAGCAAAUUACGACAAAGAUUACUACACUUGUAAUUCGGUAGGAGCAUUAGUUAGAGUGAAAUCAGGAGAACAGAUAUGGGUAAAAUGUACCUCAGCAAGUUCUAAUCGCAAGUUAAUCGAAGACGAUUUGAGAAUGAACACUUUCAGUGGAGUUCUGCUUUACAAAUAGAUGAGUAAACUCACAUGAUAAACGUUAUAUGUACUUUAUAUUUGGUAGCAGUAAAAAACUACCACAGACUAUCAUAUUGUAUGAAUGCGAGAAUUUUCUGACUUAUACUUCUUUAUCAACAUAAGCCCGCUCGCUUAGCUAAAUAGGGAGAGCAAAAUCUGUUUCCAUGAAAACAUUUCAGUGCAUUUAAAUGCAUACAGUGUUACUGAUAUCUACGCUUGUAUGUUUGAAGCACAAACGUAUUUCUUUUAUUUUAAAUUAUUUCGAGCUUUCGAGAUUGUAUGUCAUGCGCACGAGAUAACAUAUCGAGCGCUAGAUAUCAAAUAUCAUUGGCUUGAUAUAACACGUUGCGCGCUCGAUAUAGUAUGUCAUGCACUCGAGAUUAUUUGUCGGACAUUCGAUAAAAGAUGUCAUGCGUUCGAGAUUUCUAACGGAAAGAAGUUUUGCAAACCUUGUUUUAGCCGAAAAAAAAAACAUUUAAAAUCAAUUUGAUUUAAAAUAAAGAAAUGUUCAGUAAUUCAUUGCUGUUUGAUUCUGUAAUACAACAAGGUAAAGAAUCUUACACUUAUAAAAUCACAUAUAAUAGUAAUAGGAAUAUUUCAUAGACAUCAAUAGACAUCAAUAUGAAGACAAUUCCAGAUUUUUAAAUGACUUUAAGCCUAUUUAUGCCUAUUCUAAAAUUAAAACCAACGAUAUUAGAAAAAUGUGAUUGUGCAAUUUCAUCUAGACUGACCAGCAAAGUAAUUAUGGUUUAUUGCAUAAGAUGAUGUCAACAAAACGAAUUAUGAGGACACGGAUGAUAGGUUCAGGGAGAAACAUUUUUAACAUUGCAAAAUAGCGAUAACCAUUUUAGUAGAUGGAAAAGCAAUUUACGAUUGCGUUUGAUAAUUCUCUUCUGAUAUCGAACAAUUUAAGCUCUUUAAAAUAAUUAUAUAUAUAGACAAAAAAAGCAUGCUCACGGUGGAGACAACUCUACCACAUGUCCGCUAUACACUCGUUUCCUGGGUUACCUUUUACAAAAAAAAAUAUUAAAGAUUUUUUCUCUGUAAAGAAGAAUUUUUUAUUUCUUCAAGAACCUUUCAACAGCCUUUCUUUUCACUUAAACGGUAUGAUUGUCUUGUCAAACAAUAUAUCAAGGAUUUACCAUAGAAAAAUAAAACAAGUAAGUGCUUAAUUAAUUUUUGAGGCACCAUACUUCAAGACAGUUAAACUUAAAAUUCUACUGUUUUUGAAAAUUUACAGAUGGGCGAGUUUAAAUGCUAUGGCUAUAAAACAAUGAAUAACCUGAUCUGGCCUGAAGUGUCGAUGUCAAAUGCAUGUUGUUCGUAGUAUACAGGGUUCUGUAUUAAGUAAAGUUCCUCUUUGAACUGCUGAGGUAAAUUCAAACAGUUAUUUAAUUUCGAAAAUUUGAAUUUAUAGGAAAUAUUAUAAAACAGAAAUCUAUAAACACUAGAUUAAAGGUAGUUUUGAUUUCCAAGCAAUAGCUAAGACCUCAGCAGUCCAGUGAGUAAUUUUUAAUUUGGCUGAUGGAAAGGAUAUGAACUUUCAAUAUCUGUCAAUUAAUGCCACUGGGAAAGUCAAAAUGUUUUGUUUACAUAAGAUUCUAACUCUUUAGAUUUGAUGUUGAAAUUUAGGUAUAAAUGUUUCGAUGUAUU